UCAUGUUCUGGUCAGGAGUUCUCAGUAAUUUGCCGGUGACCCUCAUCAUCAUCAUCAUCAUCAUAAUCUGCCCUGCAGUUGCUCAGCAGAGUUUCAAAUACUCUUGUUCCGGCAGUGGCAAUUACACAGCCAACAGCACCUACAAAUCCAAUCUCCGGCGCCUCCUCUCCUCUCUUCCGACCGACAACCGCCUCGACCACGGCUUCCUCAACAUCUCCUACGGCAAAAGCCCCCACAGAGUCAAUGCCAUCGCGCUCUGCAGAGGGGACCUCAAGCCCGCCGCCUGCCGCAGUUGCCUCACGGACUCUGUUUCAAAUCUUCCACCAAGUUGUCCCACUCAAAAGGAAGCGGUGAUAUGGUACCCGAACUGUAUGUUGCGGUAUUCGGAUCGGAGAAUUUUUGGGGUUGUUCAAAAUGAUCCCACUUUCUGGCUGCGGAAUAUUCAAGACGCGGCGGACCUGCAGCAGUUCAAUCAGGUGGUGCAGACCAUGCUGGCGGAACUGUCGAGGGAUGCUGCGGCGGGGGGCUCGCGGCUGAAGUUUGCGGCGGGGAAUGUCACGACUCGAGAUUCUGGGAAUUUAUAUGCGACGGUUCAGUGCACGCCGGAUAUGUCAUAUUCGCAGUGCAGCGAUUGCUUGCAAACUGCUGCUGGGCUUGUUCAAGCUUGGUGUUUGGGGAAGGUCGGGGUCAGAAUUCUUAGACCCAAUUGUAAUAUUAGGUAUGAGGUUUAUAGUUUCUUUGACUCCACCGCAGUUACAAGAGCCUUCCCAUCGCCGUUGCCGCCGCCGCCGCCACCGCCGCUUUUGCCACUCUCACCUCCCUCUGCUUCACCAGAUCCAACCGCCAAUGCGGAAGGAAACAAGUCUAAGACAUCAAAGACUGUCCUCAUCAUAGUUCUGCCGAUUGUUGUUGUGGUUAUAGUAAUGGUUCUAUUGGUCAACAUCUUCAUCAUUUUGAGAGCAAGAAGAAGGAAUAAUGGAGUUGAAAGUGUAGUAGUGGAUGAUGACACUGCAGAUCUGGAGACUUCGGUAUUUGAUAUCAGUACUAUAAGAGCUGCAACAGAUGACUUUUCAGAUGCAAAUAUUAUUGGACGAGGUGGAUUUGGAGCUGUUUACAAGGGGAGGCUUGUCAAUGGACAAGAUAUAGCAGUGAAAAGACAGUCCCAGAGCUCCAUGCAAGGAGAAAGUGAGUUCAAGAAUGAAGUCCUGUUAGUGGCUAAACUUCAACAUCGGAAUUUAGUUCGGUUUCUCGGUUUCUGCCUCGAUGAAAAAGAAAGGCUUCUGGUGUAUGAGUUUGUGCAGAACUCAAGUCUUGAUAAAUUCAUAUUUGAUCCAUUUAAACGUCCAAGUUUGGACUGGUCAAUGCGCUACAAAAUCAUUGGAGGCAUUGCUCGGGGCCUUGUUUAUCUUCACGAAGAUUCUCAAGUUAGAAUUAUCCAUCGAGAUCUCAAAGCUAUUAACAUUUUACUAGAUACAGAAAUGAAUCCUAAAAUCUCAGAUUUCGGCAUGGCAAAGUUGUUUCAACAAGAUCAAACACAAGAAGAUAUGGGUAGAAUUGUUGGCACAAAUGGAUACAUGGCUCCUGAAUAUGCGAUGCAUGGAAAAUUUUCUGUCAAGUCGGAUGUGUUUAGUUUCGGUAUACUAGUUUUGGAGAUCGUGAGCGGCGAAAAAAACAAUUCUUUUCAGCAGGGGGAGAAUCCAGAUGAUCUCUUAAGCUAUGCAUGGAAAAACUGGAGUGCAGGAACACCCUUAAAUGUUGUAGAUCCCAUUAUCAGAGGUGGCUCAAGUUGUGAAAUGAAGAAAUGCAUCAACAUUGGGUUGCUUUGUGCUCAAGAAAAUUCAGCUGACAGACCAACUAUGGAAACUGUACUUCUCAUGCUUAGUGGUGGUGACUCUGUCAUUCUCCCAAUACUUUCUCCACCAGCUGACCUCAAGAACAAGAGCCCCCAAUCCGACGUUUCUUCACAAGGCAGGUCUAAUUCUCAUGUGAUUGAGAUCAAAUGAGAUGGAUAUGGAAGCAACUUUUUCCAAGAGUCGAUGAAUGAAGCAUCGAUUACUCGACUGUGUACUCAUUAAUUUUGUGAGCUUGAGUGUGUGAAAAUUUGAAACCUCUUUACCUAUAUAUAAGUGCUAAGAGUUGGUACUGAACUUCCUGCAUUGUAGCCAAGUAUAACAUAAACAUCACGACG